AUGACGGCGGCACGGCGAUCUGCCUGGGCAUUGCGUGCGGCAUGCCUUGCUGCUGUUGGGGUGGUGACCCUUCUGCUGGCAGAGACCACUUUCGUGGUGCCAACGGCAACUGUCAGCAGCGCCCAGAGCAGAACACUGGCAGGCCUCGAAUCUGGCCACGCAUUGCGAGGAAGCCGCAGCUUCGCCCCUCGAACGCCUCUCAAAGCUGAAGAGGCUGUCGAAGCUGGCGAGGGCAAGAAAAAGAUUGAUUGGGUGCUGUUGGCCUACUUCGCUCUCUGGUACUUGGGCAACUAUUACUACAAUAUCACCAACAAGCUGGCCUUGAAGGCAGCGGGCGGCGCCAAGGGCUUCCCGAUGACCAUUGCGACUCUUCAGCUUGGUGUGGGCUGCCUGUGGGCCCUUCUUCUGUGGGGCUAUCCCGACACGCGAAAGCUUCCUGAGAUCACGGCUGGGGACUAUAGCAAGACUCUGUUGGUUGGGCUUACUUCGGCAGGUGCUCACGCCGCUUCGGUUUUUGCGCUCAGUGCGGGAGCUGUAUCCUUCGGUCAGAUUGUGAAGGCUGCGGAGCCGGCCUUCGCCGCGCUGAUCGGCACGAUGUUCUACUCAUCGAAGGUGAGUCUUGGAAAAUGGCUGUGUCUGAUCCCCGUCAUCGGCGGCGUUGUCUUGGCCUCGCUGGCAGAGCUGGACUUUGCCUGGGCGGCCCUCAUUACGGCAGCGAUGGCCAACGUCUUCGCGGCCUUCAAGGGCAAUGAGAACAAGAAGCUGAUGGGGACCCCGGGGCUGAAGGACCGGAUGGGUGGUGUCGGAAAUCAGUUUGCGAUUACCAUGAUCAAUUCCUUCAUGUUCUGCGUGGUCAUCACGGCCAUUACAGAGGGAAGGAAGUUCGGAGCCUUCAUGAAGCUGGCAUCGACCAACAACGUGGUGUUGUUGAAUCUGAUCUACUCGGGCCUUUGGUUUUAUGCAUACAACGAGCUGGCCACCUUUACCAUCAAGAAGACCAACGCCGUGACCUCCUCCGUGGCGAACACGGCGAAGCGGGUGAUCGUCAUCGUCGGAGUGGCGCUGGUGAUGCACGAGAGCCUCUCGCCCUUGAAGCUCAUAGGCUGCAGUAUCGGCAUUGGCGGUGUGUUCCUGUACUCUGUUAUCGACGACUUGCUCAAGAAGUGA